CUUACCCGCUACUUCAAAUACAUUUUUAUUUUGAAAGGUGAAGGGAUUCUUACUUCAAAACCCUAAACCCCAUUUUUCAAACCUUCGAGCUUCCUGCAUUUACAGGCCUUCUGCAUUUUCUUCAUGGCUUCUUCUGAUUAAGUUAUGUUGAAAAGAGUUACUUUAUGGAUAUAAGAUGACCAAUCUGAGAAUUGAGGUGAACCCUUUCGUCGCUCCUCCCAUUGAAACAAACCCUAGACGUUGAGCCCACAUUUUUACAGUGAUAUCUCAGCCAGUUACGCAAUCUCUUCACGAUUUCAUCACCCAAUCUUUUCAAGAUUUCAUGGAUACCUCUGAAGCAAUUGCUCUAGAAUGUCGAGUUUCCUUUUCACAAGAGGAAAACCUGAAGAACAUUUCCGGUUGGACAGAGGAAUCACCAAAUUGUUUAAGCGGUGCUUCUGAAUCCGAGCUACCUGGAACCCUGAAUUCGACAGUGAGCCCCACAAAAAUAUCGAUGAUCUCUAUAUCUGAAAGCUCUGACGGUUUGAGCCCUAAAAGCAAAGAAAAUGAGCUUUGGAGAGAAGAUAUAGGCAAUGAGGAAUGUUUACAAGAACAUCGGAAGGGUAAGUGUGUUAAGUCUUCCGAGUUGUGCUCUGGUUCUCAUAUUUUGAGGGUGAAAUCUACUAAGGAUUCACAGUUGAAGCUUGAUCCAGGUGUUUCGAAACUUCCGGACAAGGACUGUUCUUGUGAAUUUUCUGAAAUCGAUCCACAGAGUGCUAGUCUUCUUAAAGAGCCUGUAAAAGCUGUAAGGUCGAAGCUCAAGGAUGGAGCUUUAGGUUUUCUGGGCUCUAACUCUGUUACGCCAGGGGGGUUUCAUAAGGAUUUAUCUUGUAGAGGAGUUUUUGGUGAUCCAUUGCUAAAAGGUGUAAGCUUUGACAUGAGCUCUGGUGCUACACAUCGAGAAAUUGCUGGGUCUAGUAAGUCCACGGCUCUUUUUCCUAAUAAUUCUGUGUUAAUGGGUAAUCCUAGUGAAAUAUCCAGGCAAUCUUCUCCAUUGAAAUCUAAAAGCUUAGUCCCAGGGUCUCAGAGAGAUUUGUGUGGUAGUGGUUCUGUUAAAGGUGCACCUGUAAUAGAACGUGGAGAGUUGCCUCUUUCUAAACUCAAUUUGAAGGGUUCGUCAGGCAAAGGUGUUAGCACCAAGAGUUCAUCUGUGGGACCUGGUCAUGGAGAUCGAGGGUUCAUUACCCCAAGAUCGAAAGAUCUCUAUUUGGUACAUUCCCUACUGAAUUUAGGAUUAUCCAAGUCUAGGUCUCCAGAUUUUACUUGUAAAACUGAUCAACAUGAAAAGGUGAGGAAUGCAAUGCUAAAGGUUUCAAAAUCCAUGAUUGAAAAUCUUGCUAGUAAAAGUGCUAUUUUUGAAGAUGAUAGUGAUAAAGGAAGGUUUUCUGAUACUGGGUCUAAAGAUGGUAAUAGUAGUGGUACAAAGGGUGAUGAAGGUGUUGAAAUAGGAUGCAAAAGGAAGUUACCGCCGUGGGUUGCAGAGGUGAGAGAGAAAAUGGGUUAUGACGAAGGUGAGAAGAGGAGUAAGGGUGACAGGGUUUACCCCAAGACUCUUAUUGAAAUUCUUGAGAAUUGGAGCUCUGAGAAACCUGAUACCAGUCUUGGUGAUGUUGAUAUUUUGGAGGUCGCUAUGAGAGCCGGCCUUACUUUCCCUGUUCCAGCAUGGAGGAAGGCGAAGGAGCCGUAGAUGAUUGCAUACCAGAAAGUUGGGGAUCUUUUUUGCUUAGAAGCGCUGAACUCGCCAUUAUGAAGGCCUUGGAGCACUGUUUUUUUGCUGUGGCAUGAUAACUUACCCUUAAGAAAGGUUUGGGCUUCUUUCUUCAGAAAUCUUUUUGACUUUUGGACAUGUAAGAUUAUGUUGGGGACAUCCACUGAGAGAAGGAAACCACAUGGCAACCAGUUAUUCUCUCAGCACUAACUUUCUCACCAUAGAUCUUCUGUUUUUCUUUUGGAGAUGACCUCUCUUUAACUCUUAUAUUCUAUUCGUUGUUUUGCUCUAUCCUCUGUACCAUGCGUAUCGUAAUGACAUCAUACUGAUUUCCAAGAAGAAAUGUAUUGCACACAGAUUACUUGUU